CUCUCUCUAUCAUUCCGUUUUCUGUCUGUGAUGAUAAUCCGAUCAAAAUAUUGUAAUUGUGAAUCAGGAGCUGUUCACCGGAAAGAUGUGUCAGAACUACAUGUUUCUUAGGAGAAUGAGUUCAUCACAGCAUGACUAAGUUAAUGUUUGAGGUUUGAGUCCUCGAGGAAAGAUAAUUCCUGAACGUUGCUUUAUAAAAGAAUUCAAGAUGUCGACUUCCCAAGAUCUGCCUGGUAUAAUUCAAGCAAAGCUCAGCUCUGGUGAAGCAGCUAUCACUGUCCAUGAAGCUAGUCUUAUGCAGGGUUGGGUGCGUGCUUCACGCAUCCUUGCUUUGGUUGAGCAUGAAAAUGAAUGUGCUCUCUUCAUCUUCAUUUCUUCUCGAAUGCCUCCAGAAGUAUUUACUGACCUUGCCAUUGAAAGAGUUAUCCCUGUUGAUGCUGACUUCAAAUGUGAAAUCGAUGCUGGAGAACAAAGUGUUGAUGUUUAUGUUAACAUUUCAUCUCGCAAAUUAAAGCUUCUCUUUGAGAUGAUACCAGGGCUUAAAACAAACAACUUUGUUUCUGAAAUAAUGCGAUCAAUGGAAGCUUUGAGUAAGAGACGAGGUCCACCACCAGAAUUUCAGUGGCUCCACAAAUAUUCUGGAUCCAGCAAUAGAAACAGUGCAGAUUGUGUUGCUUCAUCUCUGGACACAUCUGACGAUGAUGCAUUCAAGGCAUCCAAAACAGAGGCAGAAAAGAUGUUGGACAUCUUGGAUAGUCCAGACAUUGUCGUACCACGACAGAGCAUAGCCCAGGGAGCAACUCCAAUUGCAGCAAGAGAAAGUGUCAUUCGGCAUCAAAUGUCAAUGAAAGAAGAUGAUUACACGUUUACACAGACCUUGAGGAUGUUCAUAGGUACGUGGAAUGUCAAUGGCUUGCCUCCAAGUUCAAGUUUAACACCUUGGCUUGCUUCAGACUUAGAACCUCCAGACAUCUAUGCUAUUGGCUUCCAAGAACUUGAUCUCAGCAAAGAAGCUUUUCUUUUCAACGACACACCCCGAGAAGAAGAGUGGCGGAAAGCUGUGAUGGCUGGUCUUCACCCAGGUGGAAAGUACCGACAGGUUGCUCUGGUUCGACUUGUUGGAAUGAUGUUAAUUUUGUUGGUUGAAGAGAAACAUGUAAAACAUGUUCGUAAUGCAGCCUUUGAAACCGUAGGCACAGGCAUAAUGGGUAAAAUGGGCAACAAAGGUGGAGUUGCAAUCAGAGUAGAAAUUCACAACACAUCUAUUUGUUUUGUAAACUCUCAUUUGGCUGCACACGUUGAAGAAUAUGAGAGGCGUAACCAAGACUAUCAUGAUAUUUGUUCAAGACUAUCAUUUUCCAAAUUUGCUCCAGUAAAGUGCAUCAAGGAUCAUGAUCAAAUAUACUGGCUCGGUGAUCUUAACUAUCGAAUUACUGAAGUAGAAAUAAACACUGUCAGGGAUCUAAUAAAUCAAAACUAUUUUCCCGCUCUCAUACAAUAUGACCAACUGCACCGUCAGCGCAGCCAGAAUAAUGUAUUUGAGGGUUACCAUGAGGGUGCCAUCACUUUCAAACCUACUUAUAAAUAUGACCCGGGAACAGAUGAUUGGGACUCAAGUGAAAAAAAUCGAGCCCCUGCAUGGUGUGACCGAGUUUUGUGGAGAGGAGAUGGAAUAGAACAGAAAGAGUAUCGCAGUCAUCCAAUUUUGAAGACAAGUGAUCACAAACCAGUCAGUGCAUUAUUUGAUUCCCAGGUUCGGGUCAUUGAUGUUGUUAAAUAUCGUAAAGUUCAUGAGGAAGUUAUGAAGAAACUUGACAAGCUAGAAAAUGAAUUCCUGCCUCAAGUGACAGUAGAUAAUACAGAAAUAAUAUUUGAUAUUGUUAGGUACCUAGAACCUCAAAGUCAAGAAUUGAUCAUUGCCAAUACUGGUCAGGUACCUGUUCAGUUUGAGUUUAUCAAGAAACUAGAUGAUUCAAAAUGUUGCAAAGAAUGGCUUAACAUUGAUCCUCCUGUCAGUUUUAUUAUGCCUGGAGAAAAAUGUGAUGUGAAACUUGAGGUGUUUGUAGAUAAAAAGUCGGCUUUCAAACUGAAUUCUGGAGUUGAUAAAUUAUAUGACAUACUUGUUCUGCAUCUUGAAGGUGGAAAGGACAUAUUCAUUACAGUAACUGGCAACUAUGAAAGAAGCUGUUUUGGAUCAUCAUUAGAGGCUCUUGUUCAUGUCAGUGUACCAGUGAGAGAAAUCCCUAUUGGUAAACUAGUUGAACUUGAGACCACAAAAGAAGCUCCUGGGGGAAUGGAACCUUACCCCAUUCCAAAGGAGAUUUGGUUCUUGGUUGACCAUCUCUAUCGUCAUGGUUUGAAAAAGCAAAAUUUGUUUUUGCUCCCUGGUCUUCACUCUGAAUUGUUAGCAAUUCGCAACUGGCUGGACAAUGGAUCAUCUGAGCCUCUUCCGGGUAGUCUUCAUUCCAUAGCAGAGGCACUUCUUUUGUUAUUGGAUUCGACAUCAGAGCCAAUUGUCCCCUUCAACUUGCAGAGUGUGUGUCUAGGUGCCUCAAGCAAUUAUUUACAAUGUAAACAGAUUGUUGUGCAGCUACCUGAAUACAGAAAAAAUGUUUUCCUGUACCUAUGUUUUUUCUUGCAAGAACUUUUGUCUCAUGCAAAUGAGAAUGGACUUGAUGCCAAAACUCUUGCCACAGUGUUUGGUGGAAUUUUUCUUCGGGAUUCACCCCGUCCUAGUGCAAGAGCAAAUUCUACUGUGGAUAGAAAAAAAGCAAACUUUGUUUACCAUUUUCUUGUCAAUGAUCUUAGUGACUACGUUGUAAGCAAAGCACUUCAUCUAGGACCGUCAUCAUGAGUCGCUUGUUCCAACAGUAUUCUAUUCAAUAAUAGUUGAAGGUUGUAAUAUUUCAAACAAUGUGAAAAGUGUAGUAUGCACCUGUAAGUUUUUAAGGGCAAAGGUGUUUGCUUCUUACGAAGAAAAGUGAACAAAAUUUUGAAGGGCUAUCCAGCACUUUGGUACUUGCUUUUUAUUUCAGUUUUUUUUUUUUUUCAAUUUUAGUAAUGCAAGUGCAUAUUAGUCACAUUUUGGGGAAUUUGUCCCCCAGUGAGUAUCUGUGUUGUAUAGUUUACACCAUUUAGCACCAUGCAAGUAAUAUUAGUUUGUUAUAAAUUAUGUCUCACUGCAAGUGUAUUUAAUAAAGGUUAUGGACUUAAUCUGAUAACUGUAAUCAAACCAAACUUCUCUUACCAUUACCUUUAUAUAAUGAUGUUUUUGUGAAAUGUUAUGAAUUUAUUUCUUUAAUUGCUCCUAAGCAUAAUAGUUUCUUUUUGAACCCCUCUUUCUAUGUUGUAUUGUUAACUCUUCUGUUAUUCCGUGCAUAUAGGGACCAUUGUAAGGACUUUCAAGUACAAAGUUAGUCUACUUUAAGUUGUACUUUGUUUCAAAACCUGUCAUGGGUUGAUUGUUACUGCUUUUAUGUAUCAUUGUUUCAUACCAUGUUUAUUAUUUAAGUGUGUCUUUGUCUGCCAGUCUUCAUAAACCUGUUAAUUAGUUUGUGUUCUUGUUGUUUGCGAUGUUCCGUCACGUUUUAUUUUCUGAUUAACUAAUAAUUAGUUUUAAAGUUGU